AUGAAUCAAGAUAAUAAAAAUAGCACUUUGAGUGCUGACGAAAUCGCUUUAUAUGAUAGACAAAUCAGAUUAUGGGGCAUGGCUGCUCAAGCUAGGAUGCGUCAUGCUAAAGUUUUAUUGAUAAACUUGGGUUCUAUUGGUACUGAAAUAACUAAAAAUAUUGUUCUUAGUGGUAUUGGUUCUUUAACGAUAUUAGAUGAUCAUGAAGUGGAAGAGAAUAAUUUAGGUACUCAAUUCUUUCUAGAUUCUGAAUCUGUUGGUAAAUUAAGAUUGGAUGUCACUCAAGCAAGAAUUAAAGAUUUGAAUCCUAGAGUUAAGCUAGAGUUUGAUACUGCUAACUUCAAAAAUAAAGAUGAAAAAUAUUUCAAACAAUUUGAUCUAGUCAUCGGUACGGAAUUAACUACAAAUGAAAUAUUUUACAUAAACUCAAUUACAAGGAAUUUUAAUAUACCAUUGUAUGUCUGUGGCUCCAAUGGGUUGUUUGCUUAUAUAUUUGUUGAUUUAAUCAAAUUCGAAUCAGUUGAUGAAAAAUUAAAAGGCACAAGACCAACAGAAGUAGGUAAGAGUUCAAACAAUAAAGAAAUCGUCGAUGUCGUAAUGUACACUGAUGAAGAUGAUGAUAAAAAGAUCUAUGAGAAAAUAAAAACAGUCCAUAACUAUAAGAUGUUUAGAGAUGUUCUAGCAACUGCAACAUUAAAAGGUAAAUUGAACCGUAGGCAACUCAAAAGAAUCUCCAGUGCAGUUCCAUUAACAUUUGCUGCCCUUAAUAUUGCUAAGGAUACAUGUGAAAUUAGUUUAUCCCAAUUACAAGAAACCCUAGAGAAAGCAACAGAUCAACUUGGUGUACCAAUUGAAAAUGUUAACAAGGAUUAUAUACAACAAUUUAGCAACCAAUUAGGUGUCGAAUUCGCACCAGUUGCUGCUGUAAUUGGUGGUGCAGUAUCUCAAGAUUUGAUUAAUAUUUUGGGUAAGAGAACAUCACCAAUUAACAAUUUUAUAAUAUUUGAUGGUACUACUUUGGAUAUGCCAAUCUUUGAAUUUUGA